UAAUAGCACGGUCCCUCAGCGUUUGUAAUCAGUACAUUUUAUAAAUAUACAUUUUCAAAGAAACUAUCAAAUAAGCAAUUUUCUACCGAUUCUGCCCGGGCAGAAAUGAACAACGGGUUUGAGAGAGAGGUUGGUUUUAUCAAUAGUGAACCAUCGCUUGCCGAGUGUCUGACAUCCUUUCCUCCUGUUGGCGAGACAUUUCAAAGUUCAUCAAUCAAGAACUCGACGCUUUCACAUUCGACACUGAUUCCUCCUCCUUUUGAGCAGAGCUUCAGAAGCUUGGACCAUGGUAACACAAAACAAAAUGAGAAAACGCACACUUCAAAAAGCAUUGGUCGGGCCACGUUAGGAGACAAACCUCUGGAAUAUCCGUGGAUGAGAGAAAAGAAAAGCCACAAGAAAAAAACUGUCCAAGCAACGGGAUCAUUCUCAUCUUGUUCUUCUAAUGAAGAAAAUGAAGAGCUUAAUGAGCCGGACAACGGGAGUCCUUUUGACAGCUCCAGGAGACUACGAACCACUUACACAAACACUCAGUUGUUGGAGCUGGAAAAGGAAUUUCAUUAUAAUCGCUACCUUUGUAGACCACGGAGGGUAGAAAUCGCAGCUCUUCUCGAUCUAACAGAAAGGCAAGUCAAAGUCUGGUUUCAGAACAGACGCAUGAAACACAAAAGACAAACUCGAUUCAAACAAAGCCAAAACGCCGAUUCAAAGCGCCAUUUUCCUAACAGUGUUAAUCAGAGUGGGUUUUCCACAAGAAGCUUUGCUGAGACACCUGUAAAUAAAACUUUGCAUUCGUUAGAGAGUGACAAAAAUGCUGAGCCAUAUCUUAGCGAUUCUGCUCAUCAAGAUACAUUAAGCGAUAUCAGCAGUGACCUGUUCAGUGUUAUUGGCACUUCUCUGAUCUGCACUGAGGAAACCCAUAGUCAUUACUUCCCACAGAGCUCAGAUGAAACUGACUCCCUGCUACCUAUGCUGAAAAACUGCUCGGCUGGAACGAGUCCUAGCAGUCCAGAGAGUUUCAGCAUCCCAUCUCUGGAGGAUUUAGACAAAAUUACAAUCGAAUCACGUUUAGAUCUAAUAGAAGAAUUACCUCAACUGUCUUUGUUGGAAAACGAGGACACACUAGUUGUUCCAUCCAACCUGUUUGACGUUAUAAGUGACAAUUUUAACUCAAACGAUUUUCAAGAAUUGCAGUUUUAGAUCGACAUCCCCUUCACGCACACAUAAGUCUGUUGAUAUUCUUUAACACCGAUAUUUGUAAGAGCUGUAUUACUAAAAUGGAAAGUCAUGGCACAUGCCUACUGAUCCUAAACUUUAAGGAUCUCCCACUCGUGUCUGCAUUCUGUUAUGUAACCAAUGUAACAAGUCCUGAGAAAUUCCAUGAAAUGCAAAAAAUAAAGUAUUUUCAGUAUUUUAUUUUAAAUAAGGUGAAUAUUUCAAGUAUCUGCAAUUUUUCAAAAACUGGAGUCCGUUUGUCUUUACAAUACAUUUUAUAAGAUAGCUUUGUGUAAGGAUAAGAAUUAACGUGGAAAUAUGCAAGUAAAAGUAAACAUCCGGGCACUGCUGAUUGCUCUCAAUUUAAUGGUUGAAUUGCCUUCGUCCAAAGUUCCAAUCAGCAAUAUUCCUAGAAAAUAAAACAAAAAGAUAAUCAGCAACCAAACAACAUAAGUGAUAAUAGUGAUAACUGAAUAAAACCGAUUGCUCAUGUCAAAAUAUAAUUAUUUCUAUGGAGAUAUUGGUCGUUAAGGAAAAUGCAUUAUUAAGUUAUAGAUCAUCUUCCACGAUUUCCCAAUAACGCCCGUAACUAUUUAAUGUUUUAAGAAAAUAGUUUUGAAAAACAAUAAGAUUACAUUCCUCAAUCUACACCAUAGAUUUUAUUUAAAUUUAAACACUGAAAUAAAUUGAAAUAUUUAAUUAGUUGAUAUGGAAAUCGAAAGGGAGGCCAACAGGGCUGAUUAUUCACACACGGAAAAAUCAAGUUGAUCAUUAUUCAGAAGCUCAGUCAUUACAGAAUGAGAAGAAACUGGUGCUGAUCACAGGUCCACCAUGGAUGUGGUAAUUCGGCAGUGGUAUAAACCCGUGAAAGACGCCAUUUUGUUCGGUCGAGUCAAAUCUGGGAGCUGAAUAGAUCAAUGCGUUGAUAUUUUAUUUCGGAGAACUGUAAGGAAGAAAAUAUCUAUACUUAUGGCGUUCGAAUAAGGACAGGUUGGCGAGCCCUCUGAUAUUAUAACCACAUCGUAAAACAUAACAACUCGAGUAAAGGCCGCUUGAAAUAAGCAUAUUUGCUAUUUGAUUCUCCUUGGAUUUUAUUUAGAGGUUCACAAUAGGUUAUCACUAGUUGUGCAAUAUAAUUAAGACCCAAAACAAUUCAACUACAUUUUGAUAGGAUAUCUGGGUAAAAUUGUCAGGUGCCGGAGGAUAUUUAAGAACAAGCACACAUUGGUGGAAGAUUUAGUAAUAUUUAGUUUAUAUUUACAAGAUGGCAUGUACUUCAUCAUGGAGAAAGAUCCGAAUGAGUAAAUAACUAACUGUAGCAACUGAAUACAGUUCAGUGUAAUAUGUUGCAGCAGAUCUAUCCUACUAAACAAUUGGCUGCAAUUUGAUCUAAAAGUUCUUUUAUUUUUAAACCACUUAGAAAUCGAAUUCACGGUGCGAUGAAAUCUGUUGAGCAUGUUAUUGCCUAUAAAUGACAUAUAGAAAAGAAAUAAAAUGCAUCACAAUUUAACCCAGAAAUUCACAAGUUACUGCGAAGGCAAGAUGCAACUUAUCUUCCUGUUUCAUUAAAGGGAAUACGUAUGCUUUUCAACCGUUUACUUAAGUCUAUUUGCAGCAUCAGGAAACAAAGAAUAACACUCUAUUUUGAAAGAAGUAUCUCUGAAUCGUUCACACACCUACGCAAUUUGUGUUAGCAGGUUUUUGUUGAUUGUGACAGACAAAGAUGUGCAUCAAAACGCCCACGUUCCAUAUUUGUA